CUAACCCCAACACUCAGACUAAGAAGCAAUCCAAAGCACAAACCCUAGUUCCCUCCAUCCCCAGCAAGAGAAGAAGAAGAAGAAGAAGAAGAAGACCUCCUUCCAAUCCUUGAAGACAAAAUGUGGUUACGGCCACCGUACAAGGGAGCUGAUGUGGAGGCCGGCAGCGUGCGGCCGCUGUAUCCGACGAUGAUGGAGCCGCCAGAGCUGAGAUGGGCAUUCAUCAGGAAGAUCUACUCGAUCCUGGCCAUCCAGAUGCUGCUCACCGUGGCCAUCGCCGCCGUCGUUGUCUCCGUCCGCCCCGUCGCCGAGUUCUUCGUCUCCUCCGGCGCCGGCCUCGGUCUCUACAUCUUCCUCAUUAUCCUCCCCUUCAUCGUGUUGUGUCCGCUGUAUUACUAUUACCAGCAACAUCCGGUGAAUUAUCUGCUCCUGGGGAUCUUCACUGUUUCUAUCAGCUUUGCUGUUGGAUUAACUUGUGCAUUCACCAAAGGGGAGAUCAUCUUGGAGUCAGCCAUUCUUACAGCAGUGGUGGUGAUCAGUCUCACUUUGUACACUUUCUGGGCAGCCAGUAGAGGAUAUGAUUUCAAUUUCCUUGGUCCCUUCCUUUUUGCUGCUGUCAUGAUACUAAUGGUAUUUGCCCUCAUCCAGGUGUUUUUUCCAAUGGGAAGGAUAUCUUUGAUGAUAUAUGGAGGUUUGGCAGCACUGAUAUUCUGUGGAUACAUAAUUUACGAUACCGAUAACUUGAUCAAGCGGUAUUCAUAUGAUGAAUAUAUUUGGGCUGCCGUUGCUCUCUACUUGGACAUCAUCAACCUCUUUCUCUCUAUGCUCACCCUCUUCAGAGCAGCUGAUACUUGAGUUGAAACAAAUAUUAAUGUUCAAAAAGUGAAUGGACUCCUUGCCAUUUAUUUUGCUAUGGCAAGUUGUGUAAAUGUUUUUACCUUCAAUGAAAGAGUGGGUUGGCUUUUAUGUU